AUGGAGUUUGUUUCGCAGCAAUUCAACUCGACCGUGGGGUCGCUCCUGAACCCCACUACCACCCAAUUCGCCGCCGACCUGUACAAAGGCACCGACUUUGCCUCGCUCAACGUCUUUGAACGAGCAUGGGCCAACUGGUACCUCUACUGGGGCAACCCAGUGCUGGCGACAGGUAUCAUGUCGUUCGUGCUGCACGAGGUGGUCUACUUUGGCCGAGCCAUCCCGUGGAUGAUCAUCGAUGCCAUGCCUAGCAUGCGCAAGUACAAGCUGCAGGACGAGAAGGUCCCUACCCUCGAGCAGCAGUGGAAGUGCACCAAGCUCGUGCUGCUCUCGCACUUCACUGUCGAGUUGCCACAAAUCUGGUCGUUCCACCCUAUCUGCGAGUACUUCGGUCUUGCCACCCACGAGGUUCCCUUCCCGCACUGGACCAAGAUUGCGUGGCAGAUCGGACUUUUCUUCAUCUUCGAGGACGCUUUCCAUUACUGGGCUCACCGCGCUCUGCACUGGGGUCCCCUGUACAAGCACAUCCACAAGAAGCACCACGAGUACUCGGCACCGUUCGGUCUGGCUGCUGAGUACGCCCACCCUCUUGAGGUGCUGAUUCUCGGCACCGGUACUAUUGGCGGACCUUUCGCCCUCUGCGCUCUCACCAAGGACCUGCACAUCUUGACCGUCUACAUCUGGAUUGUGCUGCGUCUGUUCCAGGCGAUCGACGCCCACUCUGGCUACGACUUCCCCAUCUCGAUGCAUAACUGGAUCCCAUUCUGGGCGGGUGCCGACCACCACGACUACCACCACCAAGCAUUUGUAGGCUGCUACUCGACCUCAUUCCGAUGGUGGGACAACGUGAUGGGCACCGACCUGUCAUACAAGCGUGCGCGUGCUCGUCAGGCCGAGAAGAAGAAGCAGCAGGCUCUCGAGAGCGAGAAGGCCAAGGCUCAGUAA